UAAACGCUUUGUCGUUUUCGUCGAGUCGCUUUCGGGACCCUGCACCGUGUCGUUUCACUUGAGUUUUACACGAGAUUUUUGCUGACGGUCCCUUCACUGAGCAUGUGCCUGUUGUCUAAUUGGUAAAAAAAAGAAAAGCGGAAUUUGGCUGGACAGUAGCGGCUGCUGCAGAUUUUGGUAAUUCGCAGCCCGUCAUUUCCACCUUUUCUCUGGGGUUGUGAUAUGGUGUUUGUUUUUUUGGCUUUCUUCCGCCAGCUGGAGGCAAGUUCGGCGGAAGUUUAGGAACAAAUGUGCAGUAACUCAUCAGUUUCACGUUGAAAAGUGUCCUGUAACGGAGUGCAGUUGGGACUUCUCAAAGCGGCAGCAGCAACAACAACACUGAGCUCUGCUCAUGAAUGGUUUGUGGCGCUUUUUUGAACAGAACUGACUAGGAAAGCCAGCUCAAUCGACCAAGUAUUUUCCAUACAGAUGAAAACAUAUCACAAAAUGAGAGUAGAUCGAAACCAAGCUGAUUUGGAAGUGUUUUAAAGAAGCCGCCAGCUGUGCAGCGGAAGAAAUCCACAUUCUCGACUCUUUUUGUUUAAACCAGUCCCUUGUUUAUUUCUCGGAGCGCAGGAACAUGGAUGAAGAAAGUCACCCCGAAAAUGGAGUGGAGAGUGGAAAGGACACAGAUCGGCAGCUCCGUUUACGAGUUUGUGUGAUGAAUGAGAUUUUAAAAACGGAGAGAGACUACGUGGGUUCCUUGAAAUUUCUGAAAUCUUCAUUCCUGCACAGAAAUCACCAGAAUGAUGGCGACAAAUCAGAAAAGCAAAUUACUGAAGAACAUCUCAAGAUUUUGUUUUCUAACAUUGAAGAGAUACUUGAUGUGCAUAAGUUGUUCUUGGCAGCUCUUGAGUACCAUUUACAACCAGAACCACAACCUCAACAUGAACUUGGAAAUAUCUUCCUUCAGUUUAAAGACCGAUUUUGUGUCUAUCAAGAAUAUUGUAGCAAUCACGAAAAAGCCUUGAGACUUUUAAUGGAAUUGAACAAAAUACCUGAAGUGCGGGCAAUGCUUUUGAACUGCAUGGUUCUGGGAGGAAUGAAGACCACAGAUAUACCACUGGAAGGCUAUUUGUUAACCCCAAUACAGAGAAUCUGCAAAUAUCCUUUAUUACUUAAAGAGUUGCUAAAACGGACCCCCAAAAAGCACAGUGAUAACUCUGCAGUGGAAAAAGCCUUGCAAGCAAUGAAAGCCGUGUGCACUAACAUUAAUGAAACCAAGAGGCAAAUGGAGAAACUGGAAGCUUUGGAACAUCUGCAGUCAUCAAUUGAAGGAUGGGAGGGUUCAAAUUUGACAGAUAUAUGCACUGAGCUGCUUCAGCAAGGACCUUUAUUAAAGAUCUCAGCUGGAAAUAUUCAGGAGCGAGUGUUCUUUUUGUUUGAUAACUUGCUGGUAUACUGCAAAAGAAAGUCAAGGGUGGCUAGUAAGAAGUCAACCAAGCGCACCAAAUCUAUAAAUGGUGCCCAAUACAUUUUCCGUGGAAGAAUCAACACCGAGGUAAUGGAAGUGGAGAACGUUGAAGAUGGAACAGCUGAUUACCAUAGCAAUGGCUAUACUGUGACAAAUGGUUGGAAGAUCCACAACACGGCUAAAAAUAAGUGGUUUGUCUUAAUGGCCAAAACUGCUGAAGAAAAACAGAAAUGGUUGGAUGCAAUUCUAAAGGAGCGAGAACAGAGGGAGAGUCUGAAGUUGGGCAUGGAGCGUGAUGCAUAUGUCAUGAUCUCUGAGAAGGGAGAGAAGCUCUAUCACAUGAUGAUGAGCAAGAAAGGAAACCUCAUAAAGGACCGGAGGAGAAAACUGUCUGUUGUCCCAAAGUGCUUUUUUGGCAAUGAGUUUGUUUCCUGGCUGAUGGACAUAGGAGAGAUCAGUAAAGCUGAGGAAGGCGUGAAUCUGGGUCAAGCCUUGCUUGAGAAUGGCAUCAUUCAUCAUGUUUCCGACAAACACCAUUUCAAAAAUGAGAUGGUACUCUACAGGUUUCGGUAUGACGAUGGAACCUAUAAACCUCGAAGUGAGAUGGAAGAUAUCAUGUCGAAGGGUGUAAGGUUGUACUGUCGAUUACAUUGCCUCUUCACUCCUGUGGUCAAAGACCGAGAUCAUCACCUGAAAACCUACAAGUCUGUGGUGCCAGCAAGCAAGUUGAUCGAUUGGCUGCUAAUGCAGGGCGACUGCCAGACCAGAGAGGAAGCGGUCACACUUGGCGUGGGACUGUGUAAUAAUGGCUUCAUGCAUCAUGUGCUAGAGAAAAGUGAAUUCAAGGAUGAGUCCCAAUUUUUUCGCCUUUAUGCUGAUGAAGAAAUGGAAGGGACCAGCUCCAAAAGCAAACAGUUGCGGAAUGACUUCAGAUUGGUUGAAAACAUUGUUGUUAAAUCCCUUUUGAUUUUCCCCGAAGAAGACAAUUAUGGAUUCGAAAUUGAAGAGAAAAAUAAGGUCAUUGUGGUGAAAUCUGUACAAAGUGGUUCUUCUGCUGAGGUGGCAGGCCUUCAGGUUGGGAGGAAGAUUUACUCCAUCAAUGAAGAUUUGGUUUUUCUUCGGCCAAUUUUGGAAGUGGAGACCAUUUUAAAUCAGUUGCACUGCAGUCGGCGACCACUGAGGAUGCUGAUUGCAACAAAACCCAAAGAAAUAAUCAAAGUUCCUGACUCUUUGGAAGGACUAAGCUUUCAGAUAUGUGGAGCUGCCCCACCAUUUGUUCAUGCAGUUCUAAAAGGGUCUGGGGCUGCAGCAGCGGGACUUCUUCCUGGCCAGUGUGUUCUAAAAGUAAACGGGAACAACGUUAGCAAAGAAAACUACACUGAAGUACUUGAACACUUCAGUGCAUAUAGAAAUAAUCCACAGCAUUUGCUGAAUACACGUUCAAGUCAGUGGAUAUAUAGGACUGUUGAAGAUGUUGAUGAGAUGAUGAAAACAAAAGUCAACACAAAUAGUGUUUACAGUAUUUCCGAUCUGUCAAUGAAUGACAAAUUGUUAGAUGUUCCAGCCAAUCAAACAAAGCCAUGUGAUCAUAUCACUGAGAGCAAGCAGGAGACUGAUCUGCAGCCGAUCAUUGAUGGGGUGACCUCUCAUGUCAACAUGACUGUCGAUAAUGUGUAUUUAGAGCACGGUGUUAUCUAUGAGUAUGUCAGUACAGUUGGGAUAAAAUGUCACGUCAAGGAAAAAAUGGUGGAGCCUAAGGGAUGCUUCAAUUUAACUGCAAAGAUUUUGGAAGCUUUAGCAGCAGAUGACCGUCAGUUUGUAAAGAACUGCAGAGGACUGAUAUCGUCUAGAAAUUCUCUCAUCUUUAAGCCUCAAUUGGAAUUCAGCCAUCUAUGUGAGACCAAGCUUGAUACCAUUGGCCAGAGAAUUUCCAAUUAUUUGAAGUUUGCCCAAGAGUUGAAAAAUAAAGCAUGGCCCUCCUUCAAGCAAGCUUCAACCAGUUUACACCCAUUAAACAGCACGGACUUCUGUCCAAGCAACUGUCAUAUUAAUGUCAUUGAAGUAUCCUGUCCAAAAAAUACUACCUCUCUGGGAAGAUCUUUCAGUAUACGCUUUGGUCGAAAAAAUUCUUUCCUCGGCCUGGAGCAAGAUCAAGGAACUAUAAAUCCUAUGAACUACACUCGGCACAGCAUCACCACUAUGGCAGCACCCCAAUGGAAGUGUUUAAUAGUUGAGGAGGGAGAAAGAGACCAACAGCUAGAUCCAGAGGAGUUGGUAAAUCAGCAGAAUGGAGAAGUGUCUCAAGAAAGUGGAGGCCUGAGUUUUCUAUUAAAGCAGGAAGACCUGGAGAUUCAAGACACUUUCUUCCAGCUUUUUAUUAAACUGGAGAAUUCUUUAAAAGAAAUGAAGCAAUAUGUAAUGCAAAUAAAUGUCCUGCUGUCCUCAAUAACUGAGCCUGCCCAGUCUGAGACUUCAGAGCACAGUUCAUCAGACCUCACACUUCCCCCAUCCGUUCUGAUGGAAGAAAAUGAUAUUGACAAAGCUGAACACUGUGGAACAAAGAGAGUCUGCUUUGUGGUGAAUGAGGAAGAGCAGGAUGACUCUGGACACGAUACAACAAGUUAUAGGGAUUCCUACAGUGAAUGUAACAGCAACCGAGACUCUGUUCUAUCCUAUACAAGUGAUCGCAGCAGGAGCUCUUAUCUGGGCAGUGAUGAAAUGGGAUCAGGUGAUGAACUGCCUUGUGACAUAAGAAUUCCUCUCGACAAACAGGACAAAUUACAUGGUUGCCUCGAGCACCUUUUUAAUCAGGUGGAUUCCAUUGAUGCAUUCCUUAAGGGGUCAGUUAUGACCAAGGCUUUUGAAGAGACAGAUGGCAUUAGUACAGAAUACAACAUACAAGAAUUUCGACAGAAAGUUGACCAAAACAUAAGAUGUCGAAGUAUAAUCCAAACAAAUGUGCAGGAAGACCCCUGGAAUUUGCCUUGUUCGAUCAAUGCCUUAGUGGACAACGUACAGGAAUACGUAGAAGAUGGAAAAAAUCAAUUGCUUUUAGCUCUCCUCCAUUGCACAGAUCUGGAGUUACAAUUACGCCGCGAUGUCCUCUUUUGUCAAAGCCUAGUAGCAGCCAUCUGUAGCUUUUCAGAGCAGUUGUUGGCUGCUUUGAACCACCGGUAUAAUAACAAUGGCGAAUAUGAAGAGGAGAGCAAGGAAGCCAGCAAAAAGUGGCUUGAGCAGAUAGCUGUUACUGGGGUCCUUCUCAAUUUUCAGUCUCUGCUCUCUCCAAGUGUGAAAGAUGAGCGCAUCAUGCUGGAAGACACCAAGGUCGCCUUGUCUGAUCUGGAUAAUGUAACAUUCUAUUUUAGACAGCUGGAACAUGAAUACCCAGUAGCAAACAACUCUAUCACUUACCAUAUAGAUGGAAGUCGCCAAGCGUUGAAAGUUAUCUUUUAUCUUGAAAAUCAUAACUUUAUGGAGUUGCCUUCUAAGUUUCAGAAUGGGGGAAGUUUAAAGCUACACACAGUGCUCUUCACUCAAGCUCUUGAGAACAGAUGUUCUUCAGAAAAUGCAUCGGCAGAAGAAUUCCAACAACUGAUCAAUUCGGCUUCUCUUGAAAAAGUUAAAUGUUAUUAUCGAAAACUCAGGGCUUUCUAUCUAGAACGGUCUAAUUUACCUUCUGAUUCUUCGACUACAGCUGUAAAGAUAAACCAGCUGUUACGUCCUCUCAAUGCACUGGAGGAACUUCGGCGGUUGAUGGAGUUGUACAUAGGCCCAAAACAUUCAACAUCCACAGUGAACUCAAGCAAUAAUGCUUCCGGGAUUGCAGUCUUGCCGAUAUCUUCUGAGCUUUGCAACAGGCUUGGAGCUUGUCAGAUUGUUAUGUGCAGCACUGGUAUACAAAGGAGUACUUUAAGUGUGACCCUGGAGCAAGCAGUUAUUUUGGCUCGUAGUCAUGGACUCUUACCUAGAUGUAUCAUGCAGGCAACAGACAUUAUGAGAAAACAGGGUGCAAGGGUUGAGAAUUCAGCCAAAAAUUUGAAAGUAAUGGAUCAGAUGCCACAACUUGUACCAAGGUUAUACCGGCUCUGUCAACCACCUUCCGAUGGAGACAUAUGAAAGUAACUUCUCUUGUAAACACUUUCCAAGAUUUCCCAGAGAGCUAGAGCUGUUAGACAUUGUACAAUUAUAUUGUGUCUGUUUUUUGUUACAGUCAAACUGUAAAGUGUCGAUGUAUGUACAGAAAGCUGCACAGAGACAGAGCUGUUGUUUUGCGAUAUUUCCAUUAAUAGCACAGUGAUAGUCGACUAUCCCAACCUGCAUCAAUAUUUGAUUAUAUUGUAAUAACUUAUGGAAGCGCUAUAAAAUUAAGAAUUUUUGUAUUUGCGUACCUCAUCAUGCAUAGAAUCUUUGGAUCUUGGUGACUGGCUUAUGCCAGUGUAGUGAGGGUUCAAGCACAUAUUUUUGACAGCGUUGGAAUUCUACUGAUUUACAUAUGCAUCUCAAGCUAAAGACUAUGCACCAACCGUUUUUAGAUACUAACGGCAUUGGACAUAAAUGACUGUAAGAGAAGUAAGGUGCUAUACAAUUAGGUUAUUAGGAUAGCAGAGAAUCUCCAGCUAUUUUUUUAUAUAAAGUACACAUUAUAUAAUAUACUCAUGAGACCAUCUAUGGUACUGUACAUGUAACUAUGUUGUGUAGCUACAGAGGCUGUCAUCAUUCUGCUUAACCAGAGCAUCUGAUAUAACGUACUAUAAUGAGUCAUUUUUAAAUGAACAAACAAUGUAAUGAUUCCCUUAAUUAUAGUGUACCCUUUGCUAUUAUGCUUUUUGUGUUGCUUCUAAGACAGCAUAAUUGAAUGUGGUCUACUGGAAUUGCCCGGAUUGUGUUUGUUCUGUUGAAUCAAUAAUUCAGUGUUCCACUUACUUACUAAAACCAGCUAUUAUCAACACAAGCUGAGUUCAAAUGAAAACUAACCUGUUGACAUUU